GUUUGGCGUCCACACAGAUUUAAUGAAAACUUAUUACAAAAAAUUUCUAUGUAUUUAGAUCAAUAGGACAUUCAUUUAUAAUCGUGGUUUGAUUUCCAGUAAUGUUUUGACGGUACUAUUAUGUUGUUUCUGUGAUCGUUUCCCGUAAGUUCGAGUGCUGUGGUGGUUUGUAAACAUCGGGAACGCAGGACCACGUCUAUGAGUUCUUAUUGGCAGCAUGGCGGAAAUCGUGUACCCACAAGGCUGCCGGCCCAUCACCGAUGACCUAGGUCCAGAUGAAUUGGUUCGGCGGCUUAAGGCGCUGGCCCACACCCUUCAGGGUAUGGGCCAGGAUGAAGGAGUGUACCAGCAGUAUAUACCACUGGCGCUGCACCUGGCUGACGAAUUCUUCCUGACGCAUUCCUCACGCGAUGUCCAGCUGCUCAUAGCCUGCUGCAUCGCUGACGUGCUCAGGGUCUACGCUCCGGAGGCGCCUUAUAAAGAUCAGGAACAAGUGAAGACAAUCUUCCUGUUCCUCAUAAACCAGCUGCAAGGGCUCCGCGAUCCUAAGGACCCAGCGUUCAAGCGCUACUUUUACCUGCUAGAAAAUCUUGCCUAUGUCAAGUCUUUCAACAUGUGCUUCGAGCUGGAGGACUGCCAGGAGAUCUUCUGCGCUCUCUUCUCGCUAAUGUUCAAGAUUGUCAAUGGGGAGCACUCUUCGAAAGUAAAGUCCUUCAUGCUGGAUGUCCUCUGCCCGCUAAUCACCGAGUCAGACGUGGUGUCAAACGAGCUUCUCAAUGUGAUUUUGAUCAACCUCGUGGAGCCUAACAAGCGCGAGCAUAAGCACGCUUACUCCCUUGCCAAGGAGUUGGUAAUCAAGACCAGUGAGACGUUGGAACCUUACAUUCAAGCGUUUUUCAACCACGUCCUGAUACUUGGUAAAGAAGAGAAAGGACUUCUAAUUUUCUCCAAAGUGUACGAGUUGAUCUACGAAUUGAAUCAAAUAUGUCCCUCCAUACUCAUGUCAGUGCUACCUCAACUCGAGUGCAAACUCAAGUCGGCUCAGUUCCAAGAGCGACUCAGCGGAGUCGCCUUACUCGCUAGAAUGUUCUCUGAACCCGGUUCGGACCUAGCCAAACAAUAUCCAGCGCUAUGGCGAGCCUUUUUAGGUCGCUUCAACGAUAUAUCAGUGUCGGUUCGUAUUAAAUGCGUGCAGUACUGCAUGCAUUUCCUCGUACAUCACCCUGAGCUACGUAAAGAUAUAACAGAUACUCUAAAAAUGCGGCAACACGACGCCCACGAACAAGUACGUUAUGAAGUUGUAAUGGCUAUCAUUGCUACGGCCCAGAGGGAGUUCCAAGCGGUUGCAGAAUCAGAGGAUCUCCUCACAUUCGUGAAGGAAAGGACACUGGACAAAAAAUUCAAGAUUCGUAAGGAGGCUAUGUCUGGUCUCGCUAUGAUUUACAAGAAAUUCUUGACAGAGGAACGCGUACCUCCAGCUACAGAAAAGGCUGUUCAAUGGAUUAAAGACAAAAUUCUUCACGGAUAUUACAUGACGGCUUUGGAAGACAGAUUGUUAGUGGAACGAUUAUUGAAUACAUCGUUGGUGCCGUAUACAUUGCCUGCGGAGACACGUAUGAAGAAACUGUAUUACCUGAUGGCGAACGUGGACGACAACGCGACAAAGGCGUUCAUCGAACUGCAGAAACACCAGCUGGCUGUUCGCAGGACUGUGGCUGAGUGGAUCGAGUUGCAUAGAAAACCGCCUACGCCCGCUGUGCAGAAAGAAAUGAUUGCCAAGGUCCUCCACAUAAGCUCAAAGUUUCUCCCGGAGUCCGUGAAGGCUCAGGAGUUUCUGAACAAGUUCUCCCAACACAUGAAGCAAGCCCCCGAGCUACUACAGGGCAUGGAGACCAUCCUCAAUCCUAAUGUCAGUUGCGAAAACUGUGUUAGAACCACUUCUGCAGUGCUGAAGAAGCUGGGUCAUCCUAUAAUGACGAACCUCUAUUACAACACCGUGAAAAUGCUUCUCGAGCGCGUGAGCUCGGUGAUGAUCGAUCACGAGUCGCUGCUCAUUCUGGUGGGGUACGUGGAGGGCGCCGUUCAGGGCACGGACCCUUCCAUCGCUGAGGAGUGCGGCACAGAUCUCAAGACUGCAGCAGAACGCGGACUCAAGCUCCUGGUGAUGCUGUCAUUCGUGUUCCCCGCUCACUUCUUACACGAGGACGUUUUGAACCGGCUGACGUCACUGCUCGAGAUGGAUGACGAAAGCGUCGCGCCUCAUAUACUCGCCGCGCUUACCUUCCUCGGCAAAUACAGACCGCUCAGUGAAGCGUGUCCCGCGUUAUUCCCGAAACUGAUAACACUGUGCAAGGCCUACGCCGAAGUUGGUACACCGAAACAAGCCAAGAACGCUGUCAGGUGUCUCUUCGUGAACGUUCCCGAUCAGCGCUGCGCAAUCUUCACGGAGAUAUUGGAGACGCUAAAGGCCACCCUCACGCCCAAUUCGGACCACUACCGCACGGCCAUAGUGACUCUCGGCCACAUCGCUCACAACCUGCCCGAGAACUUCCCUGUGCAAAUUAAGAAUAUUGUUUCUAGGAAGAUAGUAAAAGAGCUUUUAGUCCGCGAAGGCGGUGGCGGCACAAAUGCGCCAGAAGGCGAAUGGUGUGACGAAGAGCAACUGCCAGAGGAGACCAGGUGCAAGCUAGAAGGCCUCAAAUGCAUGGCACGAUGGCUACUCGGUCUCAAAAAGGAUGAACUCUCAGCUCAGAAGACAUUCCGCAUGUUGAACGCGUUUAUUGUGCACAAGGGUGACUUAUUACAGCAAAACAAGCUGACGAAAGCAGAAAUGGCGCAUUUGCGCCUGGCGGCCGGCGCUGCGAUGCUCAAGAUAUGCGAGCAGAAGGGCGUUGGUGAUCAGUUCACCGCGGAGCAGUUCUACAAUCUCUCGCAUCUUAUGAUUGACGAAGUUCCACAAGUCAGAGAAGCAUUUGCAGCGAAACUACAUAAAGGAUUGUCAAAGGGUAUUCCGAACAAAUGCCUACCUCUUGACUUCAUGGGCAUGUACGCUCUGGCCGGGCGCGAGCCGGACCGGCGCAUACGCAACGUCAUCCGGCAGUACAUGCUGGCCGAUGUCGUGCGACGCCGCGAGUACAUACGAAAUAUUACUGUCGGCACUAAAGUGGAGCGCGCCGUGUCGCAGCUGCCACACAUCCUUCCGGAUUACAUGCUGGUGUUCGCAGUCCCGGUGCUCACUCAUGACCCUGCCUUCACGGCGUACGACAAUGUCAACGAGCUCAAGGUGGUGAAGCAAUGCCUGUGGUUCAUCUUAGAACCUCUGAUAACCCGCAACGAUCUGUACUGCUAUGGGUUCUAUAAGAACCUCGUUGAGCGCAUGAAGAACCACAAAGACGCUUUGAACGAGACCGACGAUGCCGUAAACUACAAAAUGUGGGCGGUAUGCGACCUCACUAUGUCUUUAAUAUGGUCACGGUCGUCCCGCUUUGAACUUCGUGAGUUCCCGGCAGACGCGCGCAUUCCUACCAUGUACUUCUCGCCGCAGACGGAAUAUUUUGUCAACACACGCGUGUUCCUGCCGCCAGCUCUACAGUUCCAGCCGAAACGUGGACAAGAAACGACCGACUCAAGUCGCAAGAAGCGCCCACGCCUCGCCGCCGAGCGGGAGAAUUCAAACGAUGUCGAGCCGUCACAAGCAUCAGACACCCAAAUUCAACUGCCCGGCCUCGAGAACACGACGGACCCGGACAUGGCGGACGACGAGCCAGCAGAACAGAACAAAGGCACCAGUAUCAGCGAGGAGUGACGUCACUUAUUAGAUACUCUGACGUCACCAUAAACAGCGAACUCGGAAGUGAAUUUUUUUAUAUUAAGAGUGGCGUAACAUAAAUAAGGGUUAACUUGUAUGGGUGUUCCUCCUAGAGUUAUGUGUCGCUGUCUUAAUUGUAUAGUGUGACAAAAAUCUCAUUAAAACAUGUCAUUGUGAUUACUUUAUUUACUUUAAAGUAUGAUAAUGAGCGACUAGAAUACACCGUCCCCGGACAACAAUCGCCAUCAACUUGUCCUUAACGCAGCGUAAAGGGAACUGACGCCACCACAUUGUAGACCGCCAGAUAAACUGACAAGUUACCACGGUUACUAACAACACUGCAUAAACACUUAUAUCACAGAUGACUUGGUUGUGAUCGUUUUCCCUUAUAACUUGUUAAUAUUUUCAUAUGAAUUGGUAAUAAUUUCUCAUACUUCAAAAUAUGACUGCUACUAAGUUCUUUAGAUUCAGUGUUACACGCGUUUACCGUUUCUUGUCUCUUGCCUUCUCAGCCGUGGGUCUCUAGCUGACUAGUAUAUUACCACAAUAUCGACGCAUACUGGUUAAUUCGUGAAACACCAUGAAGAACAGCUUUAGUUCCAUGUCUUUUAAUAAUUUACCAGAUUUUGCUUUCGUACAAAAAUAAAAAUAUUUAAUAAACCGCUCUAAACGGUGAUAACUUUGUGCAGUAACAAAAAAAAAAAGCGGUAGCGUAAAUACCAAUUCGAUGUAAAACGCAGGAGCUGGGAUGGGGUCGUCUUGGAGGACGCUUAUACGUUCGAACUUUCUACCAUACCACCAAAUACAGAUGUAAUAAAUGUCAAAUACCAAAAAAGUUUAUUUUUGGUAAAUUUAUUAUGUUUUGUAAAAAGUCAUACAACAAAAUCCUGAGAGGUUGUU